UGCCGUAAAACUGAAAAGAAGAAGAAGGAUUAACGUCAAGUGUGCUAACUCUCGUGAAAGCACAUCGACGGAGAUAGAAGUGUGCAGGACGCUAAUAAGUCAGUCUUAUUAUUUGUUCUCCAGUUUGAAAUAUUUACGUCGUAUAAAAUACAUAUUUGAUUCUUUAUUCAAGGAUAAAGUCGUCUCGAUGCGCUAGAAGCACUGUGCCGCUUUCCUGCUAUCUUUGCUUGUUAGUUAGCUUAGCUCGCUAGUUAGCUUAGCUUGUUAGCUGCUAACAGAAGUUAUCAACACAUCGCUAAGUAGAGAUCAAGUGUGAGAGUAAAGUGUUGUGAUUGUGUGAAAAUGUCUACAUUACAAAUGUUGAGAGCGUUGGUGGAUCAGCGACUAACUGCUGCCGCUGAAGAAAUAUUUGUAGUGUUAGAAAGAACGAUAGCAGAAUACGAGGCGGAACUUUCUAGAACAAAAGAGGUGAACAAUCGACUACUGGACGCUGUUUUCAAGAAACAUCAAGUUGUGUUACACAGAACAGAUGUCGUAGAAGAACAUCUUCCUCGUGAGCAGGAAGAAGAGCCACAGCCCCACCACAUUAAAGAGGAAGACAAUUUACCACAUUCCCAUCACAUUAAAGAGGGAGGAGAGGAGCCACAGCCCCCCCAUAUUAAAGAGGAAGACGAGACGCCACAGACCCAUAGUGUUAAACUGACCCUUCACAUUAAAGGUCAAGCGGCGGACCCACUGAUCUUACACAGCAAAAAUGAAGAGGAAGACCCACUGACCCCUCACUUUAAGGAGCAAGAGAACCCGCUGACCCCUCACAUUAAAGAGGAAAAGGAAGACCCACAGAACCCCUACUUUAAAGAGGAAGAGGAGGACCAAGAGCCGCUGCACAUUAAAGAGGAAGAGGAGGAACACCACAUCCGUCAGCCUAAAUGGUUGGUGGAGUUCCCUGUGACUGGUGUCCCUGUGAAGAGUGAAGAUGGUGAGGUCAAAGGUGAAAGUGAGGAGAAGAGAGAGGCGGAGCCUCCAAGCAGCAGCUCAACACAACACAUGACAACAGAAGCUGAUGGAGACCACUGUGGAGGAUCACAAGCAGACAAGCUCAAAGAUGAUAAGACAUGUCACACUGACAACACACACUUCAAAUGUUCUCACUGUGACAAAACCUUUAAAUACCAUUGUCGUCUGAAAACACACAUGAGAUCACACACUGGAGAAAAACCUUUUAUCUGUUCACUCUGUGGUAAAGGUUUUGUACAAAGUUACAAUUUGAAAGUACACAUGAUAACACACACUGGUGAAAAACCUUUUUCUUGUUCAAUCUGUGGUAAAAGUUUUGCACACAGUUCAUGUUUGGCAAAACACAUGAGAACACACACCGGAGAAAAACGUUUUAUCUGUUCAAUAUGUGGUAAAGGUUUUGUAGAAUGUCGCUAUUUGACAGUACACAUGAGAACACACACCGCAGAAAAACGUUUUAUCUGUUCAAUAUGUGGUAAAGGUUUUGCACAAAGUCACAAUUUGAAAGUACACACGAGAACACACACUGGUGAGAAACCUUUCACAUGUUCAAUCUGCAAGAGAAGCUUUUGUCAACAUUCAAACCUUGUAGUACACAUGAGAACACACCCAGGAGAGAAAGUGUUGAGUUGCAGUGUGUGUGGUGAAAGAUUGUCUUCUAAGUACCAGUGUAAGAAACACAAGUGUGCUGGUGAGAACAGCAGCAGCAAAUGAAACUGCAGGAUUUGAAAUAAACUGUCAAGACUUUAAUUUGGACUUUCUAACAACAUCAGCACAUAUAACAUGUGUGACAUUGUUACACACUUUUUAAUAUCCUUCUACAUUUAUAGAUUAGAUAUUUUGUAUUAGUGCUUUUUUCAGUCAAGUGCAUGCAUUAAUAUGAAAUCAAAGUUUGGAGUGUCAGGUAAAAGCCAAUAUUGUACAUCAUCCCACAGAGAUUUACUUUGCAUACAUUCAUGAAAUAAAAUGUGUAUUUUGUU